UUAAAGCAAGAAAAUUUUCAUUGACCAAAAAGAAAAAAUAACACAAGAAUGGCCAGAAAUGAGGAGAAACAACUGGGGAGGUUGAAUAGGUUAUUGUUGAAGCAACAAAAAGAUGAACUGCACAAGAAAAAUCCCAAAAGACCUAGACUGGAUGAAAUCAAUACAGCUGAAGACAUCAGAUACUGGAUACCAAGUAUUAAAGAUGAUAUUGACUUCUGUUUGAAGCAAUCACAAGUACCAUGUUACCCUGAAGCAAAAAUUAAAGAAUUUAAUUUGAAAAUUGAUCACUUACAAAGACAAUACAAAGCAUUUGUAUGGAAAUUGAGAAAGCUUGAUCCAGGAGUAAAACAAAUUCCAUGGAUAGAGAGAGGAUACACAACAGGACAGAAGAGGAAAUUGGAUGUGAAUGAAUCUGUGAAUGUUCAAAAGACAAUAUCACAUGAAAUGCCGUUUUGUCAAAUGCCGGGAAAACGUACUAACAUUUUACCGCCAUGUGAAGUCUCAGAUACAACAUUGACACCAAGUAGUCAGACAGAUUUAGUUAGUGCCAAAAACAUUAAAGAUGUAGAUGAAACUCCAUGUGAUCAAAAUGAAACUAAAAGUCAACAAUUUUUACCAUUAGAAACACCUAUCUUAAACAAUGAUUCAGAGUACAGAAAUACAUUUGGAUAUGUAGAUAACAAUAGUAUAGACCAAGACCAAAUCUCUAAUGUUAAUUUAGAGUUACAAGAUCAGCCAUUGACCUUUGUGAAAACUAUUUUGUCGGAAAAUAAGUCAACCAGAGAAUGUAGUUCAAAGGAUAUAACAAACAAAGUAACUGUCAACAUGGGAGAUAACUCUCUACAAACAUUGCUCCCAUAUUCAGAUUCUUCAGAUGAGAAUGGAGAUUAAUAAAUUUAAUAAAUUUCUACUUUUU